AAACCAUUUCCAGUUUCUCUUUUGAGCAGUAAGUUCCCAUGGUCCAGCAGCUGAGAUCAGUUUAGACUUCCCAGUAAGGUGAUUGUGAAAAGACGUGCUUCCCUGCUCGUUCUCUGAGCUUCUGUAGAAGACUCUUGUAGAGAUUGCCUUGGAGGGGAAGACCAUAUUCAAAGCUAGAGAUAUCGAAGGAGAGUUUCCAAGGAGGUGGAAUCAAGGUGGAGAAAGACCCCUCUCGACAUGGAAGUUCUUUUUCUCGUUCCUGUGCUAGGUAUGUCUUGCUACUUUCUGAUAACCCCAGCCUCUGGUCCUGCUCUGCUCUGUUCUGUCCACUUACCAUAUUUGAAUAGAGAAGCACUGGCAAGAAUGAGCGAUAACGGCAGCAACAAACACACCAGCUGCCUCAGAGGAAAAGGGUCUAUUGCUUUUUAUAAAUUUCUUCACUUCCUUUCUUUCUCUGUCAACUGCUGUCAUCUUUCUCUUCUCUUAUCUUCUUUCACUCUCUGUCCUUCAUCGCCUGCCUUGUCUUUGUUUUCUCUCUCCUUUCUCCUUUCUCCUCUCACCUUCCACUUUUCCUGUUCUUUCUCUGUUGUCACUUACGGUCAUCUCAACUUUCACAAUCUUCCUGUUUCCACUUCCUCUCCACUCAUACAGUUUUCUACAUUCUCUCUACCUUCUCAAACUUUUCUGUACUUCAGCCUUCUACUUCAAUUCACCUGCUCAUUAUUGCCUUUUUAUCUCCCUCUCAUUUCCCUUCUUCCUUUGCUCACUUUCUUCCAUCUCGUGUCAUCUUCACUGCUGCCUUUAAUUCACCUCUCUGUCAUUUAGGACCCCUCCUAAUAUCAGCUUUCCUGAAAUAAAAAUGAACAGGGUUUCUGGGAAGGUUCAUCACCCUCAGCACCCAAUACAGACGGCAGUUGUUAUUUGUUGCUCCUUGGUUGAAGUUUGAGGAAACUUCCCAGAUUCUGCUACACUGAAGCAACAUAUUCGGGUAGUUCCAUAACAAACAAAAAGCUUUUUUCUCCUUUUUCUACAUAAUGCCAUUUUAUAAUUCUUUUUAAAAGCAACUAGAUAAAACUAACCUUGAUUCCAAAUCAACACUGAAAUAUUAAAGAUGCAAACUUACUUGAGAACAGGACCAAUUAAAAUAAAUAGGCCUUACUUCUAAGUAGACAUGCAUAGGAUUUGAAUGUUAAUUUAAUUACAAUUACUAAGGUUCUCUCUCCCUGGUGAGCUGCAUUUCCUUCCCCUUUCCUGUAGGUUUUGUUUUCUUUUUUACAUCUUCUGUGGAUGCCUUCCCCGCCCUUUCUCACAACUGCCGGUCUGCCUGCCCUCUCCAUGUAUCAACUUUCCUGAACUCAGAUGUACAGAAAAUAAAACUGAUUUUUUUCCUCUCUCAGUGCCCUCAGAACAUAAUACAGGCAGAAGUGGAGAGGGGAGGAGAUAUAAAAACCUCAACAGGACUGAACAUAGGUAGAGUUCAGACAUAACUACACAAAGCAACAAUUUCAUCUUAUCCAGUAUUUUAGGCAUGUUUGCCCAUUAAGUUCCGCUAGAAUCUCCACACCAUUUCCCCCCAACCCAAUCCUUCUGUUCCAAGCAAAUAGAAGUCACUGAAUAGCAGUCUUUACUGGUGAAUAAACCCUCACAUCUCUAGAAUUGGGGCUGCCUGGAUUCAUUGCUCCCUGAGUGUUUCACCACCAACAGCUGCAACCAUUCCAGUGCUUCUUUUCUAUACAGUUGAGUCCUGUGGCUUCUAGGCUUCACACCACAACCAGCUUUAUAUGAUUCAGUGAGGCUGCAAUAGUCAGUUAAAUAGCCUCUUCUCAAGCCAGGCAGCGUGUUUCCACUAUGUGGGAGCAAGGCUGGGCUGGUGCAAAAUAAAGAGGGAACUCUCUCAUAUAACAUACCUUCCAAGUGCCCUGGAAAAAGCAUCACAUCCUGUAUUUUCUCACAUAACCUCUGUGGCCAUUUUGGGUGUCAUGAUCUGUCAUGCUCUCACCUCAAAGAAACACUUUUCCCGGGGCCACAACCCCACACAGCUCCCAAAAAGUCAUGCUUUGGAGGCACGGUACAAUAUCUUGUGAGGCACGUGUCAUGUGAGUCUCCCAGGAACACGUCCUCUUCCAGCUUUGCAUUGGAAGAAGUUGGAAGGUAAGACAUAAGAAAGGGAAAUAAAAGACUGCAGCCUCCAGGUUGGACUGAAGGGUUUGCGUGGAGAUGGCAGUUUUUCUGUGACCCGCCUGGCGUGGCCGUGCAGCCGACCUGUGGGUACAGACCCAUUGGCUGAAGACCUAAAGCUAAGGUCUAAAGGGAUAUAUUGUUGCAGCCUUCUUGAAGCUAUGCAGGUCUGGGGUCUGGUCAAUGCUUGGAUGGGAGCCUACCUAAUACAUAUGCUCCCUUGAGUCAAAUAUAACAUGUAAAUAAUCUUCCAGGCUUAUUUAACCAGUUCCAUCCCUCCUUUUUUAUUUCUCUCUUUCAGUUUUCCUGCAUCUUGUUCCACAGCCAGCAUCAUCUGCAGGUAACAUUCCAACUUCUUGCCAGUGAGCUGUUGAUGUGGAGAAGACCAGAGUGUCUCUAGAGGAGAAUCCUUGUCUCUUUUGUGCUCUUUUAGCAACCCAGCACCCCCUCCAGCUGCUUUGUAGUUCCCCCAAGUAUGCUAGUAACUUCACUCUUAUAUGUGGGUACUUUUCAGAAGCAAACUGUACCAAACUUACAAAUCCCAGUGCUACCUCCACCCCCCUUUUGCAACAUCAUUGUGUAUUAUAAAAGCGAAGUCACCCUCCAAGUGUGAAUCCUUAUGUAGGUAAAAUGAAACAUAUACAGUGGUAGGUAAAGGUAAAGGUACCCCUGCCCGUACGGGCCAGUCUUGACAGACUCUAGGGUUGUGCGCUCAUCUCACUCUAUAGGCCAGGAGCCAGCGCUGUCCGCAGACAUUUCUGGGUCACGUGGCCAGCGUGACAAUCUGCAUCUGGCGAGCCAGCGCAGCACACGGAACACCGUUUACCUUCCCGCUAGUAAGCGGUCCCUAUUUAUCUACUUGCACCCGUGGGUGCUUUCGAACUGCUAGGUUGGCAGGUGCUGGGACUGAGCGACGGGAGCGCACCCCGCCGCGGGGAUUCGAACCGCCGACCUUUCGAUCGGCAAGUUCUAGGCGCUGAGGCUUUUACCCACAGCGCCACCCGCGUCCCCAUAUACAGUGGUACCUUGAGUUAAGUACUUAAUUCAUUCUGGAGGUCCGUUCUUAACCUGAAACUGUUCUUAACCUGAAGCACCACUUUACCUAAUGGGGCCUCCUGCUGCUGCCACGCUGCCGGAGCACGAUUUCUGUUCUCAUCCUGAAGCAAAGUUACUAUUUCUGGGUUAGCGGAGUCUGUAACCUGAAGCAUCUGUAACCAGAAGUGUAUGUAACCCAAGGUACCACUGUACCCAUGUUUAGGAGCAAAGCUGCUGGCAUGCUUGGGGAAAACUGCAAGGUUUGCAGAAGUAAAAAAUAUAUAUAUUUAGGAGGGGAGGGGAUGGAAUGAAAAGUCCUGAAGCAGAGCUGGGCUGAAUAAGACAGUUUGCAGAAACACACAAAUAAAUUUUAAAAGUAUGUGGGGUGGGGUGGAGUAACCUGGAACAGGGCAAGGCUAAAACAGAGCACCCCACACUGUGACAGUUCGUUUCGGGUUCCACUUGUUUGCCUGCCACUGAGAUCCCUCUGCUUUUCUUCCAGGAUCUCUCCCUCCACCCAAACUCUCAGUACAGACAAAUUAUCCCAAAUACUUUGAAGGCGAGAGGAUUGUGCUCAUAUGCUCAGCUUUCCUAAACAGGACAGUGGAGGGAUACAGGUUCUUCAAUCAGGACGGGCAACAGAUUCUCAAAAUGGCUGCCGACCCUUAUCAAAAGGGCAGACUGAUUUUUAGGGCUGAAAUGAGCAAGAUGGGAAAUUACAGCUGUGAUUACUGGAUCGGGAAAGCUGAUACAGAGGUCACAUCUGCCCGAAGCAACUCUAUCUCCCUACAAGUGAAAGGUAGGUUUCUAGUUCCUGGGACGUUGGUGGCCUGUUCCAAUGCUGAGAAGCCUUAGUGAUGAUCUGUCCGAUUCAUUUUCUUCUCCUCUGCCACUUGCUACAUCUGGUGUCCCCAAUUUGUUGUCCUCUGACACCCCUCUUGAUGACUGACAAGGGCCCAUGCCCUCCCAGUUUUAUCAUUCUUUCUUUUUUAAGUGGGUUGUUUGGCUGGGGGUGUCCUCAUUGCUAGCCGGUGGCCUGUUUCUUUUGUUUGUGCUUUGUUUUGGUACACAUGUAGAUAUUUUGCAUGGCUUUUUUUUGCGGGGGGGGGAUAGAGUUUCUAGACAUUGUCCGUUCCUCCCCUGUGAAAUGGGAUUUGUUGUUGUUGCUGCUGCUCAUGACUAAGAAAUUGUCAUUUCCCAAUGUGAGCCUGGACCCAGAAAGUCUGGGGACCCCAGUGUUAGAAACCUACAGCCUUGCUCAGGGUGGGGUAAAGGUAAAACUAAAGGUACCCCUGACCAUUAGGUCCAGUCAUGGACGACUCUGGGGUUGUGCGCUCAUCUCGCUCUAUAGGCCGAGGGAGCCGGCGUUCGUCUGCAGACAGCUUCCGGGUCAUGUGGCCAGCAUGACUAAGACUGGUUCUGGAGAACCAGAGCAGCACAUGAAAACACCAUUUACUAUCCUUUAUCUACUUGCACUUGACGCGCUUUUGAACUGCUAGGCUGGCAGGAGCUGGGACUGAACAAUGGGAGCACACCCCAUUGUGGGGAUUCGAACUGCCGACCUUCCGAUCGGCAAGCCCUACCUAGGCUCUGUGGUUUAGACCCAGGUGGGGUAGAGGUGGAUAACUAUGCAGAAUACAAAUGGCAUGAUUAGAAGAGUUUGGAUUUGAUAUCCCGCCUUUCACUCCCUUUAAGGAGUCUCAAAGCGGCUAACAUUCUCCUUUCCCUUCCUCCCCCACAACAAACACUCUGUGAGGUGAGUGGGGCUGAGAGACUUCACAGAAGUGUGACUGGCCCAAGGUCACCCAGCAGCUGCAUGUGGAGGAGUGGAGACUCGAACCCGGUUCCCCAGAUUACGAGACUACCGCUCUUAACCACUACACCACACUGGCAAAUCACAGGUUUAAAAUAAAGAACAAAAUAAAUGCCUUGGGUGGAAGGUGGCAGCCAUCAGCUUAAUCUUUCCCUCCCUAGAAACAAUCUCAGCAAAAAUCAGGCAAACACACAUAUACACUAUUAGCUUUCAGGUGGGGGAACCUCUCACUGUUAUCUAACACACUUUAAGGAGGACCCUUUCUGUACUUUUGUAGCCCUGAAAGUGUAGAAUGAACAAACGUAUUGCAAAUGCACUCAUUUGCUGCAAAAAUAAAGCAAAAAUAAUACAGUGGUACCUCGGGUUAAGUACUUAAUUUGUUCCGGAGGUCCGUACUUAACCUGAAACUGUUCUUAACCUGAAGCACCACUUUAGCUAAUGGGGGCCUCCCACUGCUGCCGCGCCGCUGGAACACGAUUUCUGUUCUCAUCCUGAAGCAAAGUUCUUAACCUGAAGCACUAUUUCUAGGUUAGCGGAGUCUGUAACCUGAAGCGUAUGUAACCUGAAGCGUAUGUAACCCAAGGUACCACUGUUAUAAUAACCUUUUGGGAAAAUUAUAGCUUCAGGUGGCUAUUUUCAGCAGAAAAAAACAGUGCAGAAGUGUUGUGCCUGCAAGGUGCCCCCGUCAAUAUGAUGGAGGGAAGGAAGCUUUGCUGUAUAUAUAUGUGCUUCUCUAACUGGAAUAAUCUCUCAAGAGCUCAAUGGCCUCUGCACACUAAGUAUGACUUAGGUGAAUAUUAGUCCUUUUUUAUGUUUUCAAUUUUUUUACUGCAGAGAAGAGAAACUGAGUUUGCAGGAAGUUUCCCAGCCGCCCAAAUAAAAAAUGUUUAGGCAACUACUUUCAUUCUUAGUUAUCAGUUUCGGUGAAAAGAAACUAAACUUGUUGGGAAAAUGUGGAAAGGAGCAGCAAAACCACUAAGUGGCAGCAAAGGCUAGGUUAUGCAACCUGAAUGCUCCUUUUGACUCUUUUCCUGCUAAGCUUCAAAUUCAAAUUUCCGGGUUGUUGCCAACUAUUUAAUGAGCCCAAAUGAGCCGUGUUAAUUAGCUAUUCUGAGUAGUGCUAGCGUUGAAUAAAACCCCCAGAUCCCUUUCAUUGUACGUACAAAGUUGGAUAGGAACAUUUUAGUGCAACUCUGAGACAGGAGUGUGAACAUGUUGGGAAUGUGGGCUUGGGAGAGCACAUCUUUGUUUGGAAUUCUAUCCUGCCAUGUGAUACCCAAAAUCCUCCUGACACAGUGCAUGUGGAAGGCGUUGGGGCACCGCUGCUGAUGGCUGUAAGUUGCCCACAGCUCACUUCCAUAAAGCACCAUUCUCAACACUCAAGCCUGCUAGACCUUUAUCUUGGUGUUGGACGCUAGCAUCACGUUCUCCCAUACCCUUUCGGAGAGGUGAGCCAUUGCCGUAGCUGCCUUGCCAAUACGCUGAUUAUGGUGGAACCCAAGUGGAAUCCAACACUGUCUACUAUCUCAAGUGUAUAGUCACCAGUGCUGAUGCAUGGAGUGCUGGUGACAUCCUGACCCAAGAUGUGGGUCUUUAUCUGUAUCUUUAGGCACACUUUGCCCUAAUCUAUGUAUUUUUGUACACAUCCCUUGGCUAGAGAACCGCAUUUCAAAAUUCAGAGAAGUGUGGCUGUGUUUUAGUUUUUCUGUAGUUUUAGAAAGUGCAAAUCAGUUAGGUUCACCUUUAUUUAUUUUUUUAAUGUUUUUAUUAGCAAUUUCAACAUAACAACAUAUCAAAACAUAUCAUAUUCAUUAUUUUUCCCCCUUUACCCCCUCAAAGCCUCCCUCCUCCCCAGACUUCCCUCAGCUCCUGUCUCUGAUUUCUCAACCCAUAUUAUUCUCUGCAUGUUAUAAAAUUAUACAAAUCCUCACAUUAUCUAUCUACCAUGUUAUCAAUCAGUACAUCUAUGUAUGUUUAUUCAAAACCUGCCAAGGAGUCCAAUUCAUUUUGUUGUCUUUUUAAGUAAUUUGUGAAAAGUUCCCAUUCUUCUUUAAAGUCACAGUUGUCCUUAUCUCACAGUUUGUAUGUCAGUUUGGCCAGUUCUGCAUAGUUCAUAAUUCAGAGAAGUGUGGCUGUGUUUUAGUUUUUCUGUCAUAUUAGAAAGUGCAAAUCAGUUAGGUUCACCUUUAAAUAGGAACUAAAUCACAUUUCUCCUCCACCCUUCAAUUAUUUCAUUGCAAGCCUAAAAUCUGAUGUCUAAAAAUGCUUCCCUGCCCUCACCCUAUCUCUCUCUCUCUCUUCCCACCCUCUCUCUCCACCCACCCAACCAUUGCAAGCAUACUUCAGGGUGGAGGAGUUUAGCUAGCCGCUGUCUCUGUGUUACACGAAGCAAUCUCAACCCUGGGCGUUUAUCUUUCUUUCCCAGAAGCCCCGGAAGCCCCCUCCCUCUCUUUAAACCCCAGCCUCCUUGAGUACAACCUGGGAGAUAAUGUCAGCCUUGUGUGCUCAGCUCCGCCUGAAAGAAAGGAAGUCAAGGAGUUCCAGUUUUAUAGCGACAAAGAGGAAAUAUCAGUUGUGCCUCCAUAUGGCAAUGUCUACACUCACAACAUGAGCAUCAUGGAACCCAAAGAUGUGGGAAGCUUCAUGUGUGGCUACGUAGUGGACCUCUCUGGAAGAAAAGUUAUUUCAAAGAAGAGUAAUUCUGUCACCAUUGUUCAAACAGGUAAUCUCCAGAUUUAUUUAUUCAUCUGCCUAUCUAUCUAUCUAUCAUCUAUCUAUCUAUCUAUCUAUCUAUCUAAUCUAUCAUCUAUAUCUAUCAUCUAUCUAAUUUAUUUAUUUACCUGCCUUUAGCCAAUAAAGGCUCUCAGGGCUGCUUAGGGGGAAAAGAUCAAUAUUAAGAUGGGCCCUGCCCUCAGACUUACAAUCCAAAAAUAAAAAAGACACGACACGCAAAGUAAAAGGGAGUCAGAGGGAGAAGGAAAAUGCAAGCUGAAGUAAACGUUCUUAAAGUUGCAGAUCUUAUUGCACAGUUAACAAAAUUAAUUCUUCACUGGUGGCUGCUUCUUGUCUUCUCAUUGAUAAAGAACUUGCUUUGUUUUGAAGCACUCUUCCUCCACAGAUCACAUGUGAGAGCAGAGCCAAUGCCCAGCCAGGAGGGUAGGGCAGCUUCUACCACACAGUUAUUUCUCAGACAUGCUGCUUGAGUUGCAUCUGACAAUCCCCACUGGAAAUGGUUCCCUUCCAUCACAGAUGCACAAACCUUUGACUGGAUUUUUCCAGCUGGCCGUGGGGAAAGCAGGGAAUGGGGCAAUGCUAUCUCUCUUGCAAACCUAUCUUCCAUAGAUUUGGUUGCGAGAUCAAGAAUUGAUAAGAAAGGUAAAUCACAUGGCGAGAUUCUGUAGAAAUAACACUCGGAGAGUCUGCCAAAAUGACUAAGAAGCAUUGGGUGGCCCAAACCAAUAUCCACAAAGUCUUAUCUGAUUCUGAAUAAGAGGACCCAACUUGCGUGAAAUGUGGCAUCUUUUCAUUACACUCUGUAACCAGAAACUCUUUUUCUUAGUCAACGGGAACUUAGUCAACUUUUCCAGCUGGAAACGGAUGGUGGCCAUUGGUGGCUUCUUCUUCACCAUUAACAGCCUCAUCUUCCUCAUCUCCCAUUUGUGUUUUUAAACCACAGGUAAGUGAAAUGUGUAAACAUUUCCUUUUGAACAUGUACUUUGGAGCACGUGUGGCCCAAUACAUUUUUUGGGUUUAAGGGUUUAAGAUGAUUCAGUUUCACUGAAAACCACUGUGGUGUUAGAUGUGUGAUGGUGAGGCUUCCGAGACUUGAGCCUUCCAUCAUGCAAAGCAGAGAUGAGAAACCGUUGCUGGACUAUGUCCCCUACCAUCCCAGAUUAUUGGCUUUGCUAGCUGUUGAAGUCCAGCAACAUCUGGGUGGCAACAGGUUAUCCAUCCCUGAUUGAGCCCAGAGUUGUCUUCCUUGAUUGGCCAUGACAUUCCAGAUCCCUUUCUCACCACAUGUGGAGGCUGCGGGGAGUGGGGGCAUUGCCUCUGAGGCUUUCUGUGUGGCAAGGGAUUCAGGAUCAUGACAUAGGGAUAGUUAUAUCUAAACCAUUGGGACGUGGGUGGUGCUGUGGGUUAAACCACAGAGCCUAGGACUUGCCGAUCAGAAGGUUGCGGUUCGAAUCCCCGCGAUGGGGUGAGCUCCCGUUUCUCGGUCCGUGCUCCUGCCCACCUAGCAGUUCGAAAGCAUGUCAAAGUGCAAGUAGAUAAAUAGGUACCGCUCCAGUGGGAAGGUAAAUGGCAUUUCCAUGUGCUGCUCUGGUUCGCCAGAAGCGGCUUAGUCCUGCUGGCCACAUGACCCGGAAGCUGUACGCCAGCUCCCUCGGCCAAUAAAGCGAGAUGAGUGCCGCAACCCCAGAGUUGGUCACGACCUAAUGGUCAGGGGUCCCUUUACCUUUAUAUCUAAACCAGCCUGGGUCCCAGCACCUCUCUAGCAAGCUUCACUUUAUUUAUUUAUUUAUUUAUUUAUUUAUUUAUUUAUCCGAACUGGUCCCAUUCCCAAAGCAUUCCACCUCAAGCGUCACAACACUGGGAGUUGGGGAGGGAAAUGGUUGGUCUGGGUUGCAUCUUUGCCUUGAGGUUAUGAUCCAGGGAAGUCUCUCAUCUCUCGCUAUUUUUAAAAUCAUGUUUAGGUCUCCUCUUCAGGUGACUAUAAUAGUCAUCUUUGUCCGACUGAUGACAGUCCGACCUCAGCUCUUCAUCAACCCGAUUGUGGAUUCAUUCACCAAAUGAGCCAGCUUCCCCCAUAAAUCACAUAACCAGGAGGAAAAAUCUGGAUCCAUCUUCCACAAAAGAGCACAAACAGAGGGCUGUGGGGUGGAAACCAAGUUCUGGGGCAUGACAUUUGCUGGGGAAAUCAUUUUGGUUGCUAUGUCUCUACAGGCUUUAUCACAUAUUAUAAGUGACUUGCUGCAGCAAUUGUUUCAGGGGAGGGGGGGAAAUUGAUGGCUUUGAACAAUCAUUUUGUUGUGUAAACCUGUCACAGGAAUGAGGACCUUCUGGCCCUGCAAUGUUGCUGAAUUUCAAUUUCCAUCAGCUUCAGUCAGUUUCCUGAUCCCUGCUCUAACAUGUGGCUUCCCCCUCCUCCUUUUUUAAAAUGAAAAAACAAAAACCAAUUCAUCGAAAGCAAUGACUACAACUACUCAGGUCCUUCCAACCUUUGGGACAAUUGCUUUGAAACUUGUACUUUUCUUUUCAACAUUCUCCUCUCAGUAUUAGUGGCUGUCUGAUACACCUAGAUCAGCCCUAACAUUUGUAAAUAUAUUUCACUCCCUCAAUAAACAUGAACAAUUUUUACAUUAUUAUUAUAAUCAUUUUGCUAAAAACAACAACAGAAAGAAAGAAAGAAAGAAAAAUCAGUACCACACUAGUUGCAAUGAAACUAGACAGGGUGUCACUAUGGGAAAUGAGCAUGCUCUCUAUCAAACAAACAUGUCUCUUUCUGGAUUCUUUCUAAGUAUUAUUAUUAUUAUUAUUAUUAUUAACAACAUAUUAUUAACAUUAUUAACAUUGAAGAUCCCAGGGUGGUUUACAAUGCCUACUAAUAAAUACAGAUAGUAUUCUGCAAUCAGAGACAUAUUCCUGGCUGCUAUUUGGUGAUCCACUCUUCACUCCCCUUUUUCAUUGUGUAUGAAAAGGUUUAAAAAGUAAUGCCUGCGCUGUCUUCAUCACACUCAGUGCUGCUAGCAUUUUGCAGCAGUUCACUUUCCACCAAAUACUCCGUUGUCCAUCUCACUAUUGUCUGCUAUGCACACACACACUCACUCAAGAAAAAUCUGGGAAAAUGUGUCAUCUGACUGGGUGGUUGUGUUCUGGACUGAAACAAGCAAGUUUGGAAGUGCCAGACUGAGUUAGUCUAUCAAAAAUGGAUCUCCCACUGGAUUGAUUGGAACUAAGGUGGCAGGCAGGUGGAGCCUGGCUAACAGCAAGGUAAGUUUGGUGGGGCAGUGACCCAUUUGCCCCAAUGCACCAGCCUCCACUGGCUCCAAUUCUCUCCUGCAACAAAACCUCUUCUCUCUGCAUUUCUGCUGGCUGGAGCAGAUCAUGUGUUGAGCAUACGAACAAAACAGGAAUUAUCAACACAGUUAGCAGGUCAAGUGCUGACUCCUCUGAAGGAAAGCUUUGCUUCUGCACAUGACUGUGGCAUGAUGGGAAGUCUUGCUUCUAAGCUUUUCUUCUGCACAUGCUGCACAACCCGUUCUAAUACCAAGACAUUCCCUCAUCUCCCUAGAAUGUUCAGUUCAUAUUGAGUUCAUGAAAACAUUAUACUCUGACCUGUUCUUAAUGCAUAGUUGACCACAUCUACGGAACGCGAUUGUUAUAUUCUUUCAUGUUAUGAUCAAUCAUUAGUAAUUGUUUUAGUCUUGCUAUAUCAAUCACUAGUUAUAAUUUAAUUAGGAGGUUUCAUGCCUGUCUAGUUCUGUGCUCCCUUUCCCAACCUUUAAUCUAUUGGUGAUUACUGUAAUCUUUGCUUUGUACUUGUGUUAACCAAUCAGCAAUAAGCACAUAUGUGGCAAAUGCUGUAAGAUUCAAUAAAAGGGACUCUCCGAGACUUGCUCUAGAGAUGCCUCCCGUAUGAGACCUU